UAAUAUACUUCGGCUUUUUCAAUAAGUUGUGAUGAGUGUACCUACUCGUGCUUAAGAAAAGAUGAAAAAACUGAACGUGUAUGCUUUGUACGAAUGAACAUAUGAACGCAACUACUUUAACGUUUAAUUGUAUUUUAAUAAAAUUUUAACCCGACAUAACCUACAUCGUUUUCAACCCUACGUAAUGUAUUUUUCUUAUUCUUUUAGUGGUCUUUAAAGCUUGUGUGACUAAAUGAUUUAUUAUUGAUGUGAUUGUUUGUUGGUUCUUGUAGAAAUGUCAGCAUUAAAACGCGUUCAGCAAUGGGCUACUUUUGCAAGAAUUUGGCAUAUAUAUGAUGCAACAUGGCAAAACCCUUUUGAAUCCGCAGCUCUUCUAAAAAAGUAUCUUAUGGGCUUACAUAAACCAAUUUAUCAUCCACUUGCUGAUUGUGGAGAUCAUGUAGUGGUAAUUAAUUGCUCUGAAAUUGCUUUACCUGGAGAUGAAUGGAAAAAGAGGGUUUAUUUCCAUCAUACAGGUUAUCCAGGUGGAGCAUCAUGGACCCUAGCAUGGGAACUUCAUAAAAAGAACCCAACAUUGAUACUGAAAAAGGCAAUUUACCAUAAUAUGCGUGGAAAUCUACAAAGAAGAUAUACAAUGGAGAGGUUGCAUUUAUUUCCCAAUGAAAGUGUUCCUGAUGAAGUUAUGAAAAAUAUCUCCAAUCAAAUAAGACAAAUUAGACCUGUUCCUAAAAGACUGGAUCAUUAUACAGAAGAUGAAGUUAAAGAAUUUCCAAAACUUAUAGACUACCCCAAAGAUUAUAUCAUCAGAUAAAUUAUGAAGCACCUGUCCUUUUUUCUAUCGCCCAACUAAUAAAACAUUGGAAAUUUUAUUAAGGGUUUUCAAUGAAACAUU